AUGUCCGGACUCGUCGACAAGCUCAAAGGCAAGGCAGGCAAGACGCUCUCCAAGGGCGACAAGUUGCCCACCAGCGGCGCCCUGAAAGAAGACAAUCCCGAGAAGGGCACCGUCGAUCUCGCAACUCUCUCCGGCAAGAACAUCAUCGUCGGCGUCCCCGGAGCUUUCACACCCCCAUGCUCCUCGCAAGUCCCCGGCUACGUCGAGCACGCGGACCAGUUCGCCGCCAAGGGCGUCAAGGGCAUCUACAUCGUCGCCGUCAACGACGCCUUCACCACGCAGGCGUGGAAGGAGAAGCUGGGCGCGAACCACUCGAUUGUGCAUUUCUUGGCUGAUGACAACGGUGCUUUCUCCAAAGCCGCCGGCCUCGACUUCGACGCCUCGGGCCUUCUGGGCAACCACCGCUCGCAGCGCUACGCCGCCGUCGUGGACAACGGCGUGGUGCAGCACAUUUUCGUCGAGGACCAGGCUCCCAGCGUCACCGUCACUGCUGCCGACAAGGUGCUCGCACACGUUUAG